AGAAUAAGCGCUGCCCUUCGACGACCGUCCGGAGUUUUCCGAAGUAACUGCUCACCCUGCUCACCUACCUCACCGGCAACCCAGCUUUGCCUAGGAUCUGGGGGUGCUCCUAUUGGUCCAUGUUGCUGCGGCGGUCCCGUGGCCUGAUUAUGCUGAUAUGGAUAUCCCGAUUGACCUUGGUUCAAUCCCAAGUGGGGAGCAAUGGGGUGUGGAGGUGGGGCCCGAUAUGGUUGUUGUUGGCGAUAGUCAUAUUUCUGAGCGUGGACAUUGGGAUGGGGAGGACGCUGCUGCUGCUGCUGCUGCUGAUACUGAUGCUCGUGAUGGUGACGUCCUUGCUGGUACUGCGGUGCCUGCUGGUGAGGUUGAUAAGCCUGCUGAUGUUGGUGCUGGUGGUGAGGGUAAUGGUGCUGCUGCUGCUGUAGAUGGUAUGGGCGAUCCUGUGGGUGUUGCGGCGGGAGCGGAUAGCUGCUAGUCAUUGGAGCUUUCCUUUUCCUGCGAGGCUGUCUGUUCUGGGGGUAUCCUGGCCUGCCUCCUCGUCGUAGCCUGUGUGUUAUGGGAGAGAUCCUGCGAAUGUCGGCAGGGAACCGGGAAGGGAUCAGCG